GUGUAAGGGGUUGGUCACGUAUUUGACUGAAACGCACUGACGAACGCGGUUACAACCUAUCGAUCCAAUCUUCCAAGCGGACGGUGUUCCGUGCGCCAGCGGACUUUUGACAUCUGCUUUGCAUCCAUAAAGCAACCGUGUAUUUGGUUUACUUAUAUCAUUUUAGGGAGCCCUUAGUCGACAAGGCUCCUGACACUCUUUCCUUGUCAUCUUCAUCCUUUGCACACCCGGCGACUAACGGACCGCGCGCACUCGUCCCCUAGAGCGCAGCUCAGUAAAGCUUUUAUCUUUAGGGAAGAUGGAAUCUCUUCGGUGCCCGCAGCGGCGCCUUACGCAGGGCGCACCGCUGCGGUCUGCAGUCGUCUGUCCCGCUGUGCGCAUGGUGCAUGGUCGCCGACCUUUACAGAUUGCAGCUGCUGCGUACCAACCCACGUUGGCUGCGGCAUCAGUUGUGUCGGCAGUGACGCCAGUUCACGUAUCUACUCCCUCGGGGGGCAUGGAGCGUGUUGUCCCGGAGCUGGACCCCAAAUCAUUUUAUGACUUCAUCUCAGGCGAUGCACUGUGUGUGGUGGAUUACUACUCAGAUUGGUGUGGUCCUUGCCAACUGAUGCACAAGGAACUCGAUAAGCUUACGGCAGCAUUCAAGAGCGUGCGCUUCGCAAAGAUCAACUGCGGUCACUGUCCGGAGUUCAGCACCCGUCAGCGCAUCCGUUCGCUUCCGACGUUCCGGCUGUACUACAAAGGGACAUGCUUGGACGAGAUUACGGGUGCUAAGCCGAUGCAGCUGCGGCAGUUGCUAACGCACUACAUCUGUAUGACGUCCAUUUCCCGAUAAGAGCGGUACGGCUUGUACGGCAUGCACCCCGCCCAAGCAAUGCAGAGGGCUUAGCAAUGCUGGGUUACUCCGGCAAGUUUGGCUUACCUGAGCGGGCAGGCAGCCAACCGAGAUGGCAAGUAGCCCCGGCUCCACUGCUAGUGAGGCUCGAGCCAACUGCAGCUCACCUACUAGCCCGGCGGUCAGUUGGGACUAGGAGGAUCAAAAGAAAUGCUGCUCAUGUAGGUGACCUGUUUUGAUUGCGGGGUCUGCAAGGGCAAUAAUACGUUGCCAAUUCGCGUUGCAACCUUAUGGUGCAGCAGCGGCCGCAGCAACAGCCGUGGCGGCAGCUGCAUCUUGGAGCUGGUGAUGGUGGUACCGUUACCGCUGCUGCUAUUCCUAAAUAGACGUGCCUGUUGUCUCGGAGAGUUUUAGAUGCUGCUAACCCUUUUAUAGGUAUUGAGAUAGUCUACUAGAUCCUAAACAACUAACGGGAUAUUUUAUGACACCUUGUUCCGUUGCGUUGCAAGAUAUAGUGCAUACUUUAAAGAUCAUGACGUGAGGUCGCUUUAGUAGGAGGUACGAUGCUCCAGGGCCCCGCUUGUACACCAUUGUUGUUGUGUUGGAUCUGUUGCCUGGUUGCCUAUCGGUAUAACAAGUUGAUGUUGAUGAGAGUGGACGGACUUGAUGAUGAGAAUU